CAGCAAACAUGUCUAAAAAAGCAGGGAAGAAAGGAGGUGGAAAACAUGCCGGGAUGACUGAGGAGGAGAGACUUCUGUACAUGCAGCAAAAGGCUCAAGCUGAGGAGGAUAUUGCCAAGAGAAAAGAGGACAUGCUCACCCACUUCCUCAAGGAUAAACUGCAGAAAGAGGAGAAGAACACCAUUCUGAAUCUCGACAAGCUGCGGCAGCAGUGGCGUGCUGUUUUAACACAGACCAAGACAGCAGAGCUACGCAAUGACAUCUCAGUCCUCAGCCAGAGCUUUGAGAGAGUCCUCGACUGCAAAGACAACAUCAUUAAGAGUUUGGUGGUUGAUCUGUCUGAGAGGGAGCAGCAGUCAGAGCUGGCGCGCAGUUCUCAUCUGCAGAACGUGGACUGUCUGUUAGAGCUUCAUAGGAGUCGGCUGGCAGAACUAGCGUUCAACUUCAACACCAGUCUCGAAGAACUUAGCUCAGAGUAUAAUACUGAGAGGGAGCAGAUUCUUUCACAGCACCAGCAGGAGAGUGUGGAUUUGGAGAAUGUAAUGUUUUCCAUGGAAAAGCACUACGCUGAUAUUGACAAUGAGGCGAGACGUGACUACGAGAGCAAUGGCAAUCAAAUUAAAAAACAGAACAAAGAGGAAAAUCAAGCAGUGAAAGAACAGAUGAAUGGGGUUAUGGAUCAACUGUGGCGAGACAUGCAGGAGGUUUUACACAAAUACAAAGAGUCCACCCAAACCAAAUUUAAAUCAUUUGACUCUCUGGAUCUCAAGGAUAAACAGAGUGCUAAAGAGAUUGACGCACAUAAAAAGCACAUUCAGAAGUUGCAGGAGAACAUCUCAGCUCUGCGCUGUCAGCUGAGCUCUAGUCAAAGCGGAGGAACAGUUCAGCAGCUUCGUUCAGACCGUGACAAGCUCGGCCAGGAAGUUCAACAUCUCAGAGUCCGGCUCGGUGCGGACCGAACCACUCGGAGAAAGCAGCUCACUAAACUUACCAUUCAAAGCAACAAUGCUGCUAAAAAACUACAGGAGACAACAGCUUUGGGGGAAAGGUUGAUCCGUCUCUCUGAGUUGUGCAGUAAGAUGGAGACGGAGCACGAGAAGGUUCUGCCCUUCUACAAAUCAUCAUUGAGUGAAGAAGAGCUGAGUCAGGAGAAAGCCAAUGCCAUGAAGUCGGCGAAUGAGACACUCCCUCAGCUAAUACAUGACUAUUCUCCUCUUGGGAAGUUUUGGCAACGUUACAACAAGGUUCAGCUUGACCGUUUGUGUCUGAAGCGAGAGAAAGUGCUUCUGUUACAGGAGAAUGAACGACUGAGGAUCUAUCUGAAGCAGUACCUGGAUGAAGUUUCGGUCUCUGGUGAGAGUUUUCAGCAACAAAAGCUUCUGGUGGUGUCUUCUUCAACUCUACAGACCCCCGCUGCCACUGAGAGACGCGGUCAAAAGCGCUAUGUGGUCCAAGAAGCAGCUAAUAUUGUGCAGAAACAGCUUUAAGGAAUAAAUGUGAAACGUGUAAUGUAAAAGUGUGUUUCUGAAAGCAAUUAAAAUGUUUUUAUCCCUCUG